AUGGCUUCCUCCAGCAGUCUCCUGUCUGAAGAGCAGUUCCUGUGCUCUAUCUGUCUGGAUGUGUUCACUGAGCCAGUCUCCACUUCAUGUGGACACAACUUCUGCAUGGCCUGUGUCACAAAGUACUGGAAUGGCAAGAACAUGUGUCAAUGUCCACUGUGUCAGGAGACAUUCUCGAGACGACCUAAGCUUCACAUCAACGCAACCUUCAGAGAAGUUGUAGAGAAUUUUAAAAAGACGAGAGACAGACGUAAAGAUGGGUCCCCUUCCAACCCGGAAAUAGUUCCCUGUGACGUCUGUACUGGGAUGAAGCACAAAGCCCUGAAGUCCUGCCUGGUGUGUCAGACCUCUUACUGUGAGACUCACCUUGAGCCUCAUCAGAUAGCCUUACCAUUAAAGAGACACAAACUGAUCGACCCUGUGGUGAACCUGGAAGACAGGAUCUGUAAGAAGCACGACAGACUCCUGGAGCUGUUCUGUAGGACUGACCAGACAUGUGUGUGUCAGUUCUGCACUGAAACAGACCACAAGACUCAUGACACUGUUCCUAUAGAGGAAGAGUCUGAGGAGAGGAAGGUUCAGCUGGGGAAAACUGAGGCAGAAGUACAGCUGAUUAUCCAGGGGCGACUGAAGAAGGUUAAAGAUAUCAAAUUCUCAGUAGAUCUCAGCAAGAGAGAUGCAGAGAGAGAGAUAGCAGACAGCAUAAAGGUCUUCACUGCUCUGGUGCGAUCCAUUGAGAAAAGCCAGGCGGAGCUCAUUGAGGUGAUUGAGGAGAGGCAGAAAGCGGUAGAGUGUCAGGCUGAAGGGCUCAUUAAAGAACUGGAGCAGGAAAUCACUGAGCUAAAGAGGAGAAGCACUGAGCUGAAGCAGCUCUCACACACUGAGGACCACCUCCAACUUCUCCAGAGCUUCUCAUCCGUGGUGUGCACCCCUCCACUCACCAAGGACUGGUCUGAGAUCAGUGUUCACAGUGAUCUCUGUGUGGGGACUGUGAGGAGAGCUGUGUCUCAGCUGGAGGAGACACUGAAUAAAGAGAUGGAGAAGCUGCUUGAAGUCAAACUGAAGAGGAUUCGGCAGUAUGCAGUAGAUGUGACUCUGGACCCCGAUACGGCACAUCUAUAUCUCAUCAUGUCUGAAGAUGGAAAACAAGUACGAUGUGGAGACACACCACAGAAUCGUCCUCCCAAUCCAAAAAGGUUUUAUCAGUAUCCCAUUGUCCUUGGAAAGGAUGGCUUCUCCUCAGGGAGAUUUUACUAUGAGGUGACGGUUAAGCGGAAAACUGACUGGGAUGUAGGUGUGGCCAGACAGCCCAAAGGCAGGAAGGUUAAUAUCUCACCUAGCUCUGCGUAUAGACUCUGGACUGUGUCUCUGAGGGAUGGGAAUACUUACAAAGCCUGUACCUUCCCCCCUGUCUUCCUUUCCUUGAGAGAGAAGCCCCAGAAGGUGGGGGUGUUCGUUGACUACGAGGAGGGUCAGGUCUCUUUUUACGAUGUGGAGGCCAGGUCUCAUAUCUACUCUUUCACUGGCUGCACCUUUACAGAGAAACUCUAUCCAUUCUUCAGCCCCUGUAUGAAUGCUGGUGGUAAAAACUCAGCCCCACUCAUCAUUUCUCCUGUCAUUCACACACACUGAUUAAACAAUGGAGGAACAUUUUCAUCAUAACAUAGGUAAUCAAUGCUUAUAUUUGCUGAAAAGGCUAUCAACUGAAAUUGACUUAAAGGUGUAGUUGGUUCAACAUAUUAAAAAACCCAAAUACAUG